GGGGUAAUGGUCAACUUAGAUUAAAAUGGCAAAGUUAUUUGACUGAAAGAGGUGUGAGAUAUGUUGCUUUUCCUAAAGAUUUGAGUAUUCGUUGGAAUAGUACUUAUAAAUUACUUAAAGUUGUUCUUAGAUAUAAAGAACAUUUUCCUGCUUUUUUAUAAGAACAUGAUAACUAUAUUAUAAACGCGGCUGAGAUCGACACUUGCGAAAAAAUUUGUAAUGUUUUGAUAUAUUUUUUUAAUGCUACUGAAACUUUUAGUCAUGUUUAUAAACCUACCGCAAACCAAUUUAUUCCACAAGCUGUUAAUCUCGCCGAUGCUUUUAAAGAAUUUCAAAAUGCCGUUUUCGUUCAUUAUUUUUGUGAUUAUAUGAAGGAAAAGUUUUUAAAAUAUUAUGCGCAUAUUCCCCAUAUUUAUGGUAUUGCAUUUAUUCUCGAUCCUCGUUAUAGACUUGCUAAUUUGGAAGAUUGUUUCAACUUCUAUUAUCUUGCGUUUUUCGGUGAAUUUCCAAUGUAUGAGGAUAACCCCAUAGAUCCGAAAACGGAAUACAACGAGGUUAGUACUUUAUUUUAUGCUUUAUUUAAUGAGUUUCGUGCACAAUAUAGCAACGCUCCCCCUCCCCCGUCACGAACAUCUUCAUCUAAAGGAAAAUCGAUUUUUAAAUCUGCAUUUGGCAAUCUUAUGAAAAAAACUAAAACAACUCACGUCACUGAACAAAGCGCAUUGAAUGAGAUUACUUUGUAUUUAACAUAUGAAGUUGAUUUUGAAGAAAAUGAUGACUUUGACGUUCUAGACUGGUGGAAGUCAAAAGAAAGAACGUUCCCGAUUUUAGCACGGAUGGCUAAGCAAGUACUAUCAAUGCCGGUUUCAACAGUUGCGGUGGAACAAGAAUUUAGUUCGGCCGGCAACGUCCUAACGGCAUCUAGAUCGAGAUUGAGCGCGGAGUUUCUUGAGACGCUUAUAUGCUACCAUGAUUGGUUGAAGGCCGCACGUAGAACUCAAGAAUUGAGCAUCACCCCCUCCCAAGAUUUUAUGGAUGACUCAACAACCGAUGGUGGCUCUACCUAUGCCGGAGAUUCCGAUUGAUUAGUAUUUUAGAAUUUAGUACAAAAUGUAUUUUAU